AAAUGGCAGAAGGUUAUUCGAAUGGUAUUUAAGAUUUGCUGUAAACUACGAUUCUGAUGGACUAAAUAAUAUUGGAGAUUGUGAUCGAUACGAAAUUGAUGAAAAGCUUGCAGAUAAUGAUGGUGCUAAUAGAACAGAUAGUGGUACGAAUUUGGUUGGACGAUGUUAUCAAAAUAAGAUAGACGUUUAA